GUCGGACUUGAUGGUUGAGUGAUGUACCGGGGUAGGUAGGUGUACAAGUUCACCCAGGGAGCUACAAAAAUGUGUUGCCAGGUACCUAAAUUUAACACCCGCGUUUCCCGCAAGCUGAUGGAAAGCUGAUGGCAACUCAUGCCCUGUUUAAUACGAGUUGGAAAGGUCCGCUAAAGCUCCUGUAAAUCUCGACUAUCAGGCCUGGUUCUGUAAAUUCUAUCAGUCAGGCCAUUCACAUUUUGCACCCCAUCAUGGGAUCCAUCUCCCAGAGCAACGAUGCCCCGAAGCAGGUCAAGCGUGGCCAUGCUUCCCUGCAGCCAAUAUACACACUGCAGAGAACGCUUUCCGUCAUAGUCAUAGGCGCGGGAGCAUCUGGUCUCCUCUUGGCCUACAAGAUUCAGCGCAACUUUGACGACUUUGAGCUCGAGGUCUUUGAGAAGAACCCAGAUGUGACGGGCACUUGGUAUGAGAAUCGAUAUCCAGGAUGUUCUUGCGACGUCCCAGCCCACAACUACACAUGGAGCUUCGAUCCCAAGCCCGACUGGAGCGCCAACUACGCCGGGUCCAAGGAGAUCUACAACUACUUCAAAAGCUUUGCCGUCAAGAACAACCUGGAAAAAUACGUGCGGCUCCGCCACAAAGUCACCGGCGCCCGGUGGGACGACGGCGAAGCCUUCUGGCGGGUCGAGGUCGAGGACUUGGCUACGGGCAAGGUGCUCAACAAGACCUGCGACGUCCUCCUCAACGCGGGCGGGAUCCUCAACGACUGGAAGUGGCCCGACAUACCAGGCCUGAAAUCCUUCAGCGGCGACCUGGUCCACUCUGCCGACUGGCCCGAGCAGGGGCUGGACCUGGCGGGCAAAAGAGUCGGGCUGAUCGGCAACGGCUCGUCGGGGAUCCAGAUCCUCCCGGCCAUCAAGGACAUGGUGGGCAGCCUGGUGACGUUUAUCCGCAGCGCGACCUGGAUCACGCCCGUCUUUGGCGAGGGGACGCAGCAGGGCGGCGAGCACCGCAGCUUCAGCGACGAGGAGAAGCAGGCGUUUGCGCGAGACCCCGCCGCGCACCUCGAGUUCCGCAGGGGGUUCGAGGCCAGCAGCAACGCCAUCUACGCCGUCUUCCAGGCCGGCUCGGUGGAGCAGAUUCGCAUGCGGGAGAUCACGGAGCAAAAGAUGCGCGACAAGAUCCGCGACCCCGAGCUGGAGAGGAUCCUGGUCCCGGACUGGGCUGUGGGCUGCCGCAGGUUGACGCCUGGCACCGGUUACAUCGAGGCCCUGUCCGACGGAAAGGUGCAGGUGGUUUGUGCGCAGGUGGCAGAGGUGACGCCGACUGGGGUGGUCUGCGACGACGGCAGGGGCGAGUACCCCCUCGACGUGCUCAUCUGCGCCACGGGGUUCGACACGACCUACAAGCCUAGGUUUCCCCUGAGGGGUACCUCGGGCGCAGAUCUGGCUCGGAUGUGGAAAGAUGAACCUCGGGCGUAUUUUGGCAUUGCGGUCGACCACUUUCCCAAUUACCUCAUGACUCUCGGCCCGAAUAGUCCAGUCGGAAACGGGCCGGUCCUCAUCAACAUCGAGGCCCAGGCGGACUACAUUGUCAAGAUGAUGGCCAAGUUCCAAAAGGAGAACCUCCGGUCGUUUCGCAUGCGGUCGGACGCCGUGCGAGAGUUUAACGAGUGGAAGGACGAAUACAUGAAGGAGACUGUCUGGGCCGACUCGUGCCGCUCCUGGUACAAAGGCAACACCAUCACGGGCAAGGUGGUGGGUCUGUGGCCCGGGUCGACGCUGCACUACCUCGAGGCCAUCAAGGAGCCGCGGUGGGAGGACUGGAUCCUGGAGCGAGAGGCCGGCACGAACCGCUUCGGGUACCUGGGCGACGGCCACAGCACCAUCGAGACGCAGGGGCUCGACUACGCCUACUACCUGCGCAACCACGACGACUCGCCGGUGGACCCCGUGCUGAAGAAGCCCAAGAGGACUCAGCAGCCAGACGGCGCUGCCGUUGACGAGUCGGACCGAGCCAGGUCUGGGUUCCUGCCCAACGGUGGUGCCGAGGAUGGCGUCAAUGGGGGUGUGGCUGUGGCUGUAGCUUGAAGAUGGUUUGUUUCUAGCGGAACAAUUGUUUUUUUUCUCUCUCUUUUUCUGCAUUGACAGUAGACUAACAUGGUCUGAAUGAUAUACGACUGGUAGUAUUACCAAACAGUGAAAAAUGCCAAGAUUCCCCACACAGUUCGAUCGUCAUGGUCUUACUUUUUUUGUCUUUUUGGAACAAAAGAAACGAGGUCGGCGGGGGUUUUGCCGUGCCACACUACGUUAGCACGUCUUGGCAAGCGACAUACUCCGUACACAUCGUAUCAAAAUCGGCAUAUCCGGAAAGCGUAACUCCCUAUGUACCUACCUCAUUUACUCAACAUUUACCACCACGGGCGGACGGGAGCUUUGGAGAGUCCGAAAGAGGGGAUGGAUGCAAGGGUACUUACAUCGUCCAGUCAAGUCCAAGAUCGAGCAGCUUGGCCUUUUUGGCCAUGCUUACGCCAUGAUUUCUAACCAGAAAUUCCGUCAUUUAUUAUGCGGGAUUGGGACUGUACUUACUUGUAGCAAUGUCGCUCGUGUUGAUAGUCGAAAACCUCCUUGACCCCCACAGGUAGACAUUGAGGGGGAUUUUCCACAAAUGGUAAUGCUUCAAGCCACACAAGAAGCUGCAGUCAGACGCAACAAGCCUGCCCAUAUCGGCCAUCAUGCUCGCCGAGGAGCAGCUUACCUUCCGUCUAUUCUUUCCUUGACCUCAAGUAUUGAUCUUUAUAUUAAG